ACGUGACAUUUGACAUUUUCAGCCACGUCCGGAUUUCUCACCAGAUCGCAUCUUUAAAGUGGUAUUUGUGGGCGAUUCGGCCGUCGGCAAAACAUGUUUCCUGCAUCGUUUCUGUCAUAAUCGGUUCAAGCCGCUCUUCAAUGCAACCAUCGGUGUCGAUUUUACUGUUAAGACAAUUCGUCUGGACAGCCGUGUUGUUGCUGUACAAUUUCGCAGUAUAACAAAGCAGUAUUUCCGAAAAGCGGAUGGCGUGAUACUGAUGUACGACGUAACAUCCGAACAAUCGUUUGUGAACGUCAGAAACUGGAUUACUUCUGUGCAAGCUGGCGUUGAAGAGAACUGUGUGAUAAGUUUGGUUGGAAAUAAGGUGAAUGAGCCUGCACUCUUCCUACAACUUUUAAUUUCCGAUUUUCUUCUGCAAAAAGCUGGUAACCAUUUCUGUUAAGG